AUGAAUGUAUAUUAUGAAUCAAACACUAAAAAAAAGGAGAUUUUAAAUAGAUGCUCAUAUAUAGAAAAGGAAGAAGAAGAAAAAGAAAAAGAAGAUAAUUAUGUUUUUAUUGAUGAGAAAUAUAAAGAAUAUUUUGAUAAUAUGAGUGAUUUAUUCGAAGAUAAAGUAGAAUAUAUUUUAAGAAAACACUUUAAAAAAAAUGAUCCAGCAAAUAAAAAUAAGUUACUCUGUUUAAAUGUUUGUGUACUUUGGCAGAAAAAAUUUUUAUUACUUUUAAGUAAAACAUUAAAUGAAUAUGAAGAAUUUAAAAAAUUAAAUAGUUUAGAAAAUGAAAAAGAAAAAAAAACAAUAGAAGAAGAAAAUGAUAAAAGAGAUAAUGUAUUAGAAAAAGAAGAAAAAAAUGAUGAAAAUAAAAAAAAUUGUAUUGAAAGAGAUUUAAAAAGUUUUAUUAAAAAUGUAAAAAUAGUUGAUAAUACAAAUAUAGAAGUAAUUUAUGAUAGUAAUGAUUUAAAUGAUGAUAAUAGACCAUCUGCUGAGUUAUCAACGGAGGAAAUUUAUUAUUUAUUAGUUGAAUCAAAAAAAAGUGAAAAUGAAUAUAAAAAGAAAAUUUUUACUUUUUUAAAAUAUUUGCCAUUAUUUAUAAGAUCAAUUGAAAAUAAAAGCUUACUGGAAAAAAAAAUUUUAGAAGAAAAAUUACUACUGAACAAUUUGUAUAACAAAAAUAAUCAAAAUGAAAUAUUAAAUGCAAACGAUUUAAAUGAAAAUGAUAAUGGGAAUAUAUCUACUUUAGAAAUAAAAAAUAAAUUAGAUGCUAUUGUAAAUUUUAAUUGUAAUUUAUCAGAAAAUUUAGAAACUCUCUUUAAAAAUGGCAUAGGAGAUAUACAAACAAAAACUAUAAAUAAAUUUUCUAAGGAUAACAUUCAAAUAAUAAAUCAAGAAGGAAAUAGAAACAUUAAUAAUUUUAACAUGAAUAAAAUUGAUGAUGAUGAUUAUCAUCAUAAUUAUAAUAAUUUAGAUAUAUCAAAAAAUUGUAUAAACAAAAAAAAUAGUAAAUCUCUGAUAAUGCCAUUAUCUAAAGUUAAUGAUUUAUCUUUAAUAAAUAACAUCAGCACUAAAUCAAAUAAUUGUACAAAAGAAGAAAUCAAUGAAAAUGAAGCAUCUUUUUAUAUUUAUAAAAACGAUAUGGAUAAAAUGAAUUUAUAUGGAAUAGAUUUAUUGAUUAAUUUAAAUAAUAAUUUAAUUUAUAAAAUUAAUCAUAUAUAUAGUCUUAUUCAAUUCUACACUAUGUUGGCAAAAGAUGUAUUUAACGAAACAUAA